AUGUUCGCCCGCGGUGGCCGCCUGACCAGUGCGCUGACCACGCGCCUGCUCGCAUCACAGGCAUGUGCAUUCUUUGCUACAGGCCCCAGACAAAAUGAUGGAACAUUCUAUGAAUUUCGGACCUAUUAUCUUAAGUCCUCAAAGAUGAAUGAGUUCCUAGAAAAUUUUAAGAAAAAUGUUCACCUUCGGACAGCUCACUCUGAAUUGGUUGGAUAUUGGAGUGUAGAAUUUGGAGGCAGAAUGAACACAGUAUUUCAUAUCUGGAAAUAUGAUAACUUUGCUCAUCGAACUGCAGUUAGGAAAGCCUUGGCUCAGGAUAAAGAAUGGCAAGAACAAUUCCUCCUUCCAAGUUUGCCUCUCAUUGAUAAACAAGAGAGUGAGAUUACUUAUCUGGUCCCUUGGUGCAAACUAGGAAAACCUCCAAAAGAAGGUGUCUAUGAACUGGCUACUUUUCAGAUGAAACCGGGAGGCCCAGCGCUGUGGGGGGAUGCGUUUAAAAGGACAAUUAAUGCUCAUGUCAAUCUAGGCUAUGCUAAACUCAUUGGUGUUUUCCACACUGAAUAUGGAGCGCUCAACAGAGUUCACGUUCUUUGGUGGAAUGAGAACGCGGAUAGUCGUGCUGCAGGGAGACACCAGUCUCACGAGGACCCCCGGGUGGUGGCUGCUGUUCGGGAAAGCGUCAACUACCUGGAGACUCAGCAGAAUAUGCUUCUGAUACCUACAUCAUUUUCACCAUUGAAAUAGUUUUCUAUCUAAAUACCAAGCAUUACAUUAACCUGACAUUAAGAUGUGUCUGUGAAUGGUGCUUAAGCUCUCCCAAGAGGAUUGUUUUCCCUAUGAUCUGAAGGAGGUAGUAAGUAAAGUCACUGGGGUCCUUCCAUUUUUUUAAAGCCCCCAGUCACUUCAGGGAACAGCUGUGAUCAUUUCCCCCUGUAUCUGUUGUACAUUAGAAAUGAUUCUCUUCUCCUGUGAUACUUUGUACUUGAUCAUCCUUUAUGUCAUUUUCUAUAUUCAAAUAGUGAUUUUUACCUUCUUUUGCCUGGCAAUAUUUUAAAAUUAUUUACAUGCAGUAUCUUUUCAUCAGCUUUAUUUUUCUGAGAUUUCCAUCCAAGUGUUGGACCAAGUACAUUACUUUGGAAAAAGUGUAUUCUCAUAUGUAUCAUCUGUAUUCAUUAUGGUUUUCACUUUAAUAACUACAUU